AUGCAGCCCAAGCGCGAUCUGGAGCUUCUCGCGAGCCCGUUCUGCUCUCUGUCUCGCCAACAAGACUUCAAUAUCUGGCUCAAAUUCCGGCUUCAUCAUCAACAGCCAAUCACGGUGACUACGACGGGCUCUAUCUCCGACCCGGCCGCGACGUUCACCAAGGGCAGGAUCGAAAUCCUCGACGCUGAAACAGGCGAGAUGCACAAGCAUCAACCCAACAUUUCGGAUGGGUUUGCGAAGCGGUAUCCUGGAAAAUACCCGGCGCAACCAGAUGUCCCAGCGCAAUCUGAUCCCAUCGAGGUAAACCUGCUCGGCAAAAAUGCUCCCAGCUUCACUACCCGUCCAGCACUACCUCUACCGCCGCCCGUCACCGCCUCCUUAUCAACAUCUACACCAACCUGCUCGCUAACCGGCAACCCGCCCUCCCCCAUCUCCCUCGACUGGAAGCUAGCCCCAACAACGGGCCCAGAGCCAUCUGCGCGCUCCAACCGCGAGAACGAGGCCACAACAUCGGCGUCGAGAUCCGCGACCCGGAGAGAAAACGGCCGGCGCAUCAGCCCUCCCUCUAACCAACUCUCCCAAGAAGAAGACGAAGACGAAGAAGAAAAAGGAGACGACCCGCCCGACGAGGAAGUCCUCUUACGACUCCGAGACGGAAACCCCGUCCGACAGUCAUACACCUUCACCGUCAACCCCAAGCAGAACGGCCUCGUCAACGCCGAGACCUGGAACCUGGUGAGCGGGAAAGACUUACGAGCUGACGCCGAGGAGGUGCCAGUGGGGUAUGGGCUGUAUGAGGACGCGGUGGUGCUCGAUGAGGCGAGGUUGAGAGCCAGGCUGGGUGGAGAAACGCGAGUGCAAUUCCCAGUCGGGCGGCUCGGAUCGAGUUCGGCGCUGCGGCGCUGCGUGAUUGCUGCUGUCUGCUACCUGCUCUCUGCUCUCUGUUGA